GAUAUCUUGGUCCAAAGCGCUUCCGCUGCCUCUCCACUCUGCGUUCUCUUCGCUCCUGAGUUGUUUGAUAGAUGGCGGCGAGACUUCAGCAGCUGCGAUCUAAGGCUGUGCAAGCCUCUGAAUUUGUGUCUAAGCACGGAUGCGCCUACUACAAGGAGAUUAUGGAGAAGAAUAAGCAUCAUAUUGUGCAGCCACCGACCGUCGAAAAGUGCCAAGAGUUGUCAAAGCAGCUCUUUUACACUCGUCUUGCAAGCAUUCCUGGGCGAUAUGAGUCAUUCUGGAAGGAACUUGAUGGAGUGAAGCACAUCUGGCGAAACAGAAACGAGCUCAAAAUCGAGGAUGCAGGGAUUGCAGCAUUAUUCGGGCUCGAGUUGUAUGCGUGGUUCUGUGUUGGCGAGAUAGUGGGAAGAGGAUUUACUUUCACAGGUUACUACGUCUAAAAUCUAAUGCAAGAUCCAUUUGUUUUUUGUUUUUUGUUUUUUGGUUUUUGGUUUUUGUUUUUUGUUUUUUGUUUAGGUUUUUGAUGGUGGAUAAUGGGGUUUCCUUUCAUCUCAGUCAUUGAUUUUGGCUGUAAAUUCAUUAAGCUUCAAAUCAGCUAGACGAAAUUGUAAGUUCUCGAAUAAUUUGGAGGCUUCUUUUGUCAUCAGAGUUAUCUAAACGAAACAGCAAAA